AAGGGGGUUGAACAGCAACACUAUAUUAUCCGUUCAUAAAUAAAUACCCCUAAUUUUUCCCUCUCCUAAAAAUUAAUAACUAAUUAAUUCAAGAAACAAACAAAAAAGAUCUGUCUUCUCCUCUGCCAUCGUAUUUCAGGAAUGAGAAGGUUGCCGCGCCUUCUCCUCCGCCGUGAAUGAGCUUCCUCCGCCGCCACCAUGCCGGCCACGCGUCCUUCCUCCGAUCUGAUUCUCCAUCGCCUCGCCUCCUCUGAUUGCGAAAUCAAACUCAAAGCCAUUCGAGAGGUUAAGAACCAGAUCAUCGGCAACCGCACCAAAAAACUCUCCUACAUCAAGCUCGGCGCCGUCCCCGUCCUCGCUGCUGUUCUCGCCGGCGCUGAUGCUGAUUCCACUCCCGGCUCCAGCCUCAUCGUCCAGUCCGCUGCCGCGCUUGGCAGCUUCGCCUGCGGCGUCGACGCCGGCGUCCGCGCCGUUCUCGACGCCGGAGCUUUCCCUCAUUUAAUCCGGCUCCUCUCUGCCGCUGACGACAAGGUCGUAGAUGCUGCUGCUCGCUCUUUAAGAAUGAUUUAUCAAUCAAAACUAGCUCCGAAGUAUGAUUUUUAUAAAGAACAAGACAUGGGAUUUCUUCUUUCACUACUGAAAAGUGGAAAUGAAAAUCUUACCGGACUAGGCGCAAGCAUUGUUAUUCAUUCUUGUGAGACAAGUGAUGAACAAAAUAUAUUAUGCCGUGCUGGUGCUAUAGAAAAACUUAUUAAUCUUCUUGAUGGUUCUCUAAGCCAACGAGAUUCUAGUUUAGAGUCCAUUGCUGCAAUUCUUAAAAACAAUCCAGAAGUUGUCUCUAAAUUUGUGGACCUUCAAAAUCGAAGAGCUUUGAGUUCAAUAAUUGAAUUAACCAAGGACAGGUAUUCUCAGACAAGGUUAUUAGCAUCCCUGUGCCUGAUUUGUGUAAAGAAUUCCUCUUCUUGCUAUCUACAAGACACAGGAAUUGAAACCAAAUUGAUAAAUAUUUUACUUGAGCUCCUGGAUGAUUCCGGUAAAGUUGGAGACAAUGCUUGCUUUGCCUUUUCAAGUUUAGUUGCUGAAAAAGAUGUGCAGAAAUUAGCAUUUGAGGCAAAUGCUAUAGAUAAGUUCAACAGUCACUUGCAAAAUUGUGCUUUACAUCCCAAACGUCUUGAAGGAAUAUUUCUAGCCCUAGCUGCUCUUUGCUCAAAAUUUGAGUGUUGCCGGUCUAAGUUUCUUUCAUUGCAGGUCUGUUGUUUCAUGGAAACUACUAGUAAAACUCGUAUAUUU